AACGUAGAUUCGUGCUGUUUAGUUGAUUACUCAGGCGAGACUUGGAACAGUGAAGUGCCUCGGGUCAUAUGGUGUGAGUGGUAAGCGAUAGACAUCAAGUCCAGUGUGGAGUGUGGAAGCCAGCAGCAGGGACCUCGCACCUACAGACACACCAGAGCUUACUGGAUAGGAUGAGGGUUGCUAUCAUUGGCCAGUCGAUGUUCGCAGGGGAGGUGUACAAGCAGCUGAUGAAGGAUGGACACAAAGUUGUGGGUGUGUUCACUGUCCCUGACCAGGGCACCCGAGAAGAUCCCCUUGCAUCAAUGGCAGCUGCUGAUGAUGUUAAAGUUUUCAAAUUCAAGUCUUGGAGAAAGAAAGGUGUAAUUCUUCCAGAAGUAUUAGAACAGUACUUGUCAGUAGACCCUGAACUCAACGUGAUGCCUUUCUGCAGUCAGUUUAUUCCUAUGGAGGUAAUCAACCAUCCCAAGAACAAAUCUAUUUGCUACCACCCAUCCAUCCUGCCUCGCCAUCGUGGUGCAUCUUCUAUAAACUGGACCCUGAUGUGUGGAGAUAAAAAAGGAGGAUUUUCUAUAUUUUGGGCUGAUGAUGGUCUGGAUACUGGACCUAUUCUUCUACAGAGGGAGGUGGACAUUGAUCCUAAUGACACAGUAGACACACUUUACAACAGAUUCAUGUACCCAGAGGGCAUUAAAGCAAUGGCAGAAGCAGUUUGCAUGGUAGUAAAUGGUAAUGCUCCAGUGAUCCCUCAACCAACAGAAGGAGCUACAUAUGAUCCUAUGCUCAACAAACAUGAACUGUGCAAAAUCAAUUGGGACCAGCCUGCUGAAAAUAUUCAUAACUUCAUCCGAGGUUUAGAUUCUUCUCCUGGAGCAUGGAUGAUCAUGGAUGGGAAGGAGGUAAAAGUGUUUGGCUCAAAGAUGUUCACCGACUCUCUGGUGGAGGGGCAGGAAGUUGAAAUUGAAGGACUUGCCACACCAGGCAUCAUUCACAAGGAUGGACUUCUUUUGACUGGGUCAGAUGGAAAAAAGUUAAAUGUUGCUCGCUUAAGUGUUGAUGGUAAGAUGAUGAGCGCUUCUAAGUAUGGUGCAGCAGCAGAAGCUACUGAGACAGUAGAACUGACAGCAGAAGAACAGGAAAUAGCUAACAAGUUAAGAGAUACAUGGAAGGCUAUUUUAAAUAUUGAAAUUGCUGAUGACACGGAUUUCUUCAAAGCUGGAGCUGGCUCAAUGGAUGUUGUAAGAUUAGUUGAGGAAACCAAGGAAAAAGCUGGAGUUUCUUUGGAAAAUGAAGAUGUUUAUAUGGCUACAACAUUCCAGGAAUUUAUACAGGUUAUGGUUAUGAGAAUGAGAGGAGGGGAUGCUAAACCAGUCUUUGAGUAUGAUGCCAUCAAGAUGCACGUCAACAACAUGGAUAUUGAAUUCCCUCACCAACUCUUUAUUGAUGGACAGUUUGUUGAUGCAACAAGUGGCAAAUACCUGAAGAGCAUUAAUCCUGCUACUGAGGAGCUCAUAUGUGAUGUAUGUGUGUGUGUGUGUACUUGUGAUUCUGUGCAUUUAUGAUUGUAUGUAUUUGUG